GACCCCAAACAAUCCGACAACCUGUAGGCUGAACAGAAUAGGUCCAAUUCUAAUUUAUUUUUAAAGGACAUGUCUUUAAUAAUUUGACAGUACAGUGCUACAAAAACAAAAUAAAAGUCAGAAAAUUUAAAAAAGAAGACUAGCACGACAAAUCAAAAAUUACCAGAUCGUCACACUCCUCCCAGACCAUCUCAAAAGUUGAGUUGCUGGUAUUUUUAAGUCUGCUUUGUAAGACGUAGGAGCAGGUUUGUGGGCCUCAAAGCUCAUGACAGCAAUCAACUGUCCAAGACACUGGUUUACAAUCAUCCAAACCUGUAACGUACAUUUCACAACAGUACAUAUGUUAUAAAAUCACUUUUUCGAAAAGGUUUUACACUGAAGUGCUUUUCAGAAGAUGUCAAUUUAAACUUAAACACUAAAAGGUAGCCAAAGUCAUAUGCUGUGUAACUUAGCAACAGACUGUGACAUCACUGAUAUCAGAGAUUCCCAUUUUAUAAGUUGCUAAGCUACACGGUUAAGCCAUAACAUUCUUUGACCUCUAAAGUGAAGCAUGUAUUUUGAGACUGGGGAAAGGUUUUCCUAUCUACUCUAGUUUUUGUGUAAUAAACAGCGAACGAUCACGGACAAAGAUUCUGCCAUGGAAAAACAAAAAUAUACUGGUAAAUGAGAGUCCCGGCAAAACUUUUAGUUACAUGUUUGCUUCAUAAAAAUGCUAAAGUUUGGUUUUUGUGUUCUUGUGAUAACAUCUCAACUCAUAUAGCUUUUUAAAUAAAAGCCCCCAACACAUUGGCAUACUUUAUGUGAGCUCGAGCAGUAUAAACGGUGAAGAUAUAAAAGAAAUAUUCUAUAGUAAUUAAGCUGUUUUUUUGUUGUUGUUUUUUUUUUCAUUUUCAGAGUCUAGCACUAGCAUGGCAGAUGAUGGACAAACCAAAAAUGUUGAGAGGCAGCCUUUACCUAGAAAGAAGAAACAGAAGAAUGAACAUAUAAACCAGGAACCAAUUGAGUCUUCUGAAUCUGAGCGACCAUCUACCAGCACCCCAGUGAAAACACUAAAGAGAAAAAGACAGGAAGACAAAGAGGAAGAAGAAACAAUAGAGUCAAAGAAGAUGAAAACUCCUCCAAAAGAUUCCAGUUCCAGUGACGCCAAACAAAUUUCAUCCUCCUCAGCGAUAACUGAGAGGGACGACUUCAUUACCGAUAAAGAUAAAUUUGAAACCAAAUAUGUGGAAGAGGAUUACUUUGCUUCAGGAGGUUAUGGAUCCAUAUACAGUGGCUUUCGCAAAUCUGACAAUCUACCAGUACCCAUCAAGCACAUUUUCAAACGUAAAAUCCCAAAUAAAAAAACGGAUGAUGGCAAUGGAAAAAUGGUUCCUACUGAAGUGGCCAUAAUGUCAAUGUUGCAAGAUGAAUCCAUUCAUUCAGACGGAAAAGCAGCGCCAGUAGCCCUGUUGGACUGGUAUGAGAUCGGUGGAGAAAUCCUCCUGGUCAUGGAGAGACCAAUCCCUUGUGAGGACCUACUUCAUUACAUUGGUAGCAAAGGAGGCAAACUACAAGAAGAAUAAGCCAAGAUCAUAAUGAAGCAGCUAAUUCGCACAGCUAUAGACCUUGAGGACAGAAAUAUCUUCCAUCAAGACAUCAAAACUGAUAAUGUCCUCAUUCAAACCCACACAAAUACACCACAAGCUCGUCUUAUAGACUUUGGAGUGAGCUGCAUGGCAGAAAAGGAUUCCAUCCUUAGAGGAUUUUCAGGAACUCCCAUAAAUGCUCCCCCAGAAGCAUUUAGAGGCUUUUGUAGUCCUGGAUCAACCAUAGUGUGGCAGCUUGGAGUAGUUCUGUAUGAAACCCUCCAUUACUGCAACGAUUUCUCAACAAAACAUUUUCUCGAAGGGGAUCAAGUGAUUGACGAUGAACUGUCAGAAGAGUGCCAAGACUUUUUCCAAGCAUGUUUAAAUACUUCCGAAGAACAGCGCCCCAACCUGCAAGAUCUCCUCCACCAUCCAUGGCUCCAAAGUUUAGCUGAUGGGGGCUCCACUCCCAAACAUUGGCGCCAACACAUGGAUGGGCAGAACGGGAACCUGCAAUCUUCGAUCGGGGAUUGACCGCUCUACCACUGCAGACUUAAGACUUAGUUAAAAUUAUAAUUUGUCAAACAUGCAUAUAAGUUCCAAUAACAUAAAUAUUUCCUGUUAAUAUGUUUAUAAGCAAACCAUAGCAUAGACAAUCAGAAUGCAUCAUUUUGCACCAAAAGUUCCUGCAUAAUUUUGCAUUGUAUUUUAAGAAACUCGGGUGCAUGUGAUUGAGGUGAGAGUGAUUGACACUCACCUCAAAAUCAGAAGACCCUGGUUCAAAUUCCACCUGGGUCACUUCUGUGUGGAGUUUUUUCAGGCACUCUGGCUUCCUCCCAUAGGUAGAUUAGUGGUUCCAAAUUGAGUGAAUGUGAGUGUGUGUAUAGUUUUCUGUCUCUAAAUACCCUAACAAUAGAAUGGCAAACUGACCUUUGGGGUGGGGCACACCCCAAAGAUGAUAAUACGACAGGCAUAUAAUCCAGUACACUCUAUGGUGCAGAAAAAUCAGAAAAGUGCUCCAAGGUUAUGUUUUUUGUGGGGCAAGAUCAAAUGCAAUCAGUGCUAAUCCUAAUAAAAGAGAACAGAUUUAUGAAAAUGAAAGAAAAAGCAGAAAAGAAACAAAAGGAGUAUUGAAUGUUUCUGCUGUAGUCCCAAAGCUCUACCCCCUCCUAAAUGAAAAUCACAUCCUAUACAUAGACCAUUUUCCCUAACCACCCAUGAAUAACCUCCUUUUAUGAAUCUAUUUCCAAGUGAUCAAUUAAAACAAACAAAAACAAAAAAAAAGUUAUAUUCUUUUAUUUUAUGCGAACGUUAAAGUAAAUGCUUUGGUGUCUGUGGCCUUCAGUGUUGUAAACUCGACAUGAGAUGCCCUUGUGGUCUUUGUCAAAGUCCUGUUGUGUUGAUUGCUGAAAUGGAAAAGCAGACUACAUUCACUAUUUGAAGUUCAGUUUCAGACAUUAUUAUGACGUAUUUCACAAGGACUCUGCACAGUUGAUUCUCUGCCAAGUUUACACUAGAAAUGUGGGCGGCCAUAAAUCCUUUCUUGCUUAACUGAUUCAUACUACGUAGAUCCUUUGUUGUUUAAAAGCAAAAUCAGAGCAUAAAGGCUUUUAUUCCAAUUCUUGGUGCCAUCAUGCAACCUUUAAAUAACUUUGCAUCUAACUGCUCGCCUUUUCCGUCUGUGACUUUUAUUUCACAUUUUAACACCAUUGGAGGUUGUAAAAUAUUAAAAUAUAUUAAUUUUGAGAUCUACCACAAGUUGUGUAAUAGUUAUACAACGUUCACACUCAGCCAAUUGUGCCUUUUUUGUUUAUCUUUGUUGUGCAGCUAGAGAUGAUGCGAUAUAGCAGGCAUUGUGAAUUAAUCAUGAGGAAAACCAUAAUGAGGCAGAAACUGGAAAAGCAGGUUUGCAUUUUUCACUUCAGUCAAGCUUGUUCUUAUGAUUAUUGUUGUGUGAGCUGGUACUAAACUGUAGAGCACAACAGUUUCAUGUUCUCUAUCCGAGUAUCAGGAGUUUCGGUGCAUUACAUGCAUACUGUCUUACUUUUAAAUUAUUUUUAGUAAAAAAAAUGUAAUCAACAACCUACUGUGGGUCAGAAGCAGAGUGGUCCAUUCUUUCACAAACGUUUGUAUCCCUGCAUCCCUGGGUGCCUUUAUUUUAUACACCUGUGGCCGGGCCAAGUGAUUAGGACACCUGAUUCUGAUUAUUUGGAUGUGUGAGCUAGGGAUGGGAAUCGAAGCCCCAUGAAGCUCUCAUGGGGCUUCGUGUAAAUGUGCCAGAAAAAUGAAUGAAGCAUUUGGGGCUUCGAAACCACACAGAACAGCGGCAUCUGGUGGCAGACAGGACGUAUAUCAUCUACUCCACUAAGUUCCUUGCCCUUGUAACACUUCAGUGUGGAAAUAAAACAAAGACAAUGUUUGAAGA